GGGCGGGAGGACGCCUUUGCUGCGCCUUUCGGGCUCGCCCGCGUCUCCAUGGAGCCGGCAGCCUCCAGUCCUUGCAGCGCCUCCCAUGGGAAGGGUGUCUGGCUGCCGGGGCGGGGGGAGCGCCGGCUUUCGUUGGGGACGGGGUGAAGGCGGCAGAGGGCAGGUUUGCGCCCCUCACCCUCUAUGGGGACCUGGGGGGAGGGGGCUAGGUGCUUAUAGAGGCCCAGAAUCCGGGGCGAGGAGCCACUGCUUGGCGCGUUCACCGCCCAGGGGGCGGGAGGCGGUCGCGGCGGGGGCGGAAAGCCGCUCCCCAUCCUCCCCUCACCGCAGACGGGAGCGCUCGCCGAGGCGUUUUGCUGGCCAGGCUGGGAAGCCAGUCGAGGGAUAUGUUUGCUACUUUUCUACCAGUACUCGUCACCAUACCAAAUUUUAUGCAGAUCCAAUGGAAGCUGUAAAAGACAUUCCCAAUGGUGCAACAAUUCUGGUUGGUGGUUUUGGGCUAUGUGGAAUUCCAGAGAAUCUUAUAGGAGCUUUACUAAAGACUGGAGUAAAAGGACUAACUGCAGUCAGCAAUAAUGCAGGAGUUGACAACUUUGGCUUGGGCCUUUUACUUCGAUCCAAGCAGAUAAAACGUAUGAUCUCUUCGUAUGUGGGAGAAAAUGCAGAAUUUGAACGACAGUACUUAUCUGGUGAAUUAGAAGUAGAGCUGACACCUCAGGGCACACUUGCAGAGAGAAUCCGAGCAGGCGGGGCUGGAGUUCCUGCAUUUUACACCAGCACAGGGUAUGGGACUCUGGUACAAGAAGGAGGAUCACCCAUUAAAUACAACAAGGAUGGCAGCAUUGCCAUUGCCAGUAAGCCAAGAGAGGUGAGGGAGUUCAAUGGUCAGCACUAUAUUUUGGAGGAAGCAAUUACUGGAGAUUUUGCUUUGGUGAAAGCUUGGAAGGCAGACCGAGCAGGAAAUGUGAUUUUCAGGAAAAGUGCGAGGAAUUUCAACUUGCCAAUGUGCAAAGCUGCCACAACAACAGUGGUGGAGGUUGAAGAAAUUGUGGAUAUUGGCUCAUUUGCUCCAGAAGACAUUCACAUUCCUCAGAUUUAUGUACAUCGCCUUAUAAAGGGAGAAAAAUAUGAGAAAAGAAUUGAGCGUUUAUCAAUCCGGAAAGAAGGAGAUGUAAAAGCCAAAUCUGGGAAAUCCGGAGAGGAUGUAAGGGAACGUAUCAUCAAGCGUGCAGCUCUUGAGUUUGAGGACGGCAUGUAUGCUAAUUUGGGCAUAGGAAUCCCUCUUCUGGCCAGCAACUUUAUUAGCCCAAAUAUGUCUGUUCAUCUUCAAAGUGAAAAUGGAGUCCUGGGUUUGGGUCCAUAUCCAUUACAACAUGAAGCUGAUGCAGAUCUAAUUAAUGCAGGCAAAGAAACAGUUACUGUUCUUCCAGGAGCCUCUUUUUUCUCCAGCGAUGAAUCAUUUGCAAUGAUUAGAGGGGGACAUGUCAAUCUAACAAUGCUAGGAGCAAUGCAGGUCUCCAAAUACGGUGACCUGGCUAACUGGAUGAUUCCUGGGAAGAUGGUGAAAGGAAUGGGUGGAGCUAUGGAUUUAGUGUCCAGUGCCAAAACCAAAGUGGUGGUCACCAUGGAACAUUCGGCAAAGGGAAAUGCACAUAAAAUCAUGGAGAAAUGUACAUUACCACUGACCGGAAAGCAAUGUGUCAACCGCAUUAUUACUGAAAAGGCUGUGUUUGAUGUGGACAAGAAGAAAGGGCUAACUCUCAUUGAGCUCUGGGAAGGCCUGACAGUGGAAGACAUACAGAAGAGUACUGGGUGUGAUUUUGCAGUUUCACCAAAACUCAUGCCAAUGAAGCAGAUCACAAAUUGAAAUGCAGACAUUUGUCCCAGGCUGCAUGUUUUGCAUUUUAAACACACAGGAUUUAUGUGAAAGGACAUCGGGAAUCAUAACUGUAUAUUUAACAAGCAGUAUUUGAUUAGUUUUCUUCUAAAAUUUUAGGCUUUAUGCAGCCAUAUAGACUUUGUUCUCUCAGAUGUGCUAUACAGUUUUGUGCAAAACAAAAGGAAAGCAUUAUGGUUAACUUAUUUGUUUUUAAGUGCUGAAAAGAUUAUCUUUACAGUUGGUGCUUGCAUUAGAUGUAUUUUUGCCUAAUAUGGUAUGUAUGCUAAAUUAUAUACAGUUUUCACCAAGAUGGGCCCUAGAAAGAGUUUUACUGCUAUAUUUUCACUCAUAACUAAAUUAUGACUUACUAAUCCUGAAAGAAAGAUAAUAUAUAUGUGAAUUUGUGAUUAGAAGAAAUGCUAUCAUAAUGAUUGUUUUUCCUUGAAGCUCUUCUGACUUACCUUUUGGGGCUUCUGGUUUUGUGAUUAUAUCUGCUCCAGGGAGCAUCCCCUUCGCUCCUGUACUACUUGUAACUAAAUAGAUGCCUAAGAAUGCAAGCAAGGAUGUCUCUCGAGGGAGAAGUAACAGGUUGUUGGGAGAGACCAAAGAGUAUUGGAUCUAUUGGUGCUGACAUCCCACCAAGAAGUUGCUUUUAUAAGAAACCAACUAACUAUCUGUGCUUUGCUAAAGACUAAGGCUUAUUCUCGGAAGAGGGCUAGAAACCUAACUGAUCUUCACAAUUUUCUCAUUUUAAAACAAUGCAGUAAUCCUUUGUAUCCACAAGGGUCCUUAAGAUCAUUUCUCUAUGUUACUGAGGCCUAGUCGGCUACUUGUAUAGUACCUCCUCUCAAGCCAAGGUCUGUGGGGUAAUUUAUCAUGAAUCCUCAGUCACAAUGACAGCAGAGUCAAAAAAUGAAAUCAAAUAAAAGAUAUUUUCUUUUCAGCCUCUCAUUCUGCUCAGAAUAGAUUUUAAAUAUUGAAUGACUUUUUCUAUAGAAUAGUGGCUUUUCUUCUGCCAAGGCUACUUCUUUAAAAAAAAAAAAGUACUUUUAAUUCAGCCUUAUCUAAAUAGAGGCAAUAAUGAUAGGAAACUUUUCCCUAGAGGUAUCCUCAAUAUGAGACAGUUGCCCAGGGAGACUGCUUCAGAAGCACCCUGUGUAUCAAAUGGGAAAAAAUUCUAGGCACCCCCAAAACAGGCCAGCCAGCUGGCCUCUGGACAGAGGUAAGCAUAGUACAGUACAAUAUAUCAUUCCUCUGGCACUAAGGGUAGGAAUUCAUGCACCAUGAUGGUGGUGGUUGAAACUCCUCUUCAGAUACAGCCACAAUUGUGUCAUGUAUUAUAAUAUUAGAGGGAGGAAAGAGGCUUUUUCUGAGUAACACACUCAUAUGUAAAAUAGUCUUUCUGGCUGGUUACAUGGUUGAAAGGACACUCUGCUAGUACUGGUAACCAGGAUCCUUCUUAGAAUGUACCAGGUCCAUGAGUGUAAUCUAUGUCUAUAUUAGGGUUAUGGUUUUGAAAAAAGUUAUAUUGUUGAUGAUUGCUCCAUCUUCAAACUUACUUGCUUGUCAUUCCAGUCUGUUUCUUUAAGAUAAUAUAAUUCUAAGAAUGUUCUAAACCUUAAGUGGCAAAACCUAAGUAGAUGACUUUAUAUUCUUGAUUAAAGAGUAUCAUGAAUGUUAAGAAAUUCAUUAAUCAAUACAAUAAAUAGUCUAAAUUGA